AUGAUCAAGGCCGGCGGCCGCGGCGGGCGGGGCGGCCGCGGCGGCCGCGGCGGCCGCGCGUCGUCGGCGGCGAAGAAGGUGCUGCGCCCGCCGAGCCCGCCGACGACGGACGACGAGGGCAACUUCAGCGACGACGGCGGCCACCACGCGGACGACCCGCCGCCGGCGCCGGAGGCGGCGGAGGCCGCGGACUCGUCGGGCGUCAAGGCGCCGAAGCACUCCGCCGAAUUCUCGCUCGACGCGCCCGCGCCCGCGCCGGCCGCGCCGCCGGAAAAGACGGCGCCGGUCAUGAGAAAGUCGGUCUACAAAACGAAGGGCCGCAACUCCAUCCGCCUGAGCCUGAGCGCCGCGGCGCCCACGGACGCCAUGCUGAGCGCCGCCGCGCCGGCGGCCGCGGAGCCCGCGCCCGCGCCGGAGCCCGCGCCCGCCGCCGCCGCGCCCGCGCCCGCGGCGUCGGACUGGCAGGAGCUCCAGACGCCCGAGGGCUGGUCCUAUUUCUACAACUCGACGACGGGCGAGGUGACCUGGGAGAACCCGAACGGCGGCAACGGCGCGGCGGCGGCCAGCGACUGGACGCAGGCGCAGACGCCCGAGGGCUACACCUACUGGUACAACGCGUCCACGGGCGAAUCGUCCUGGACGGACCCGACCGCGGCGUCCAGCGACUGGACGAGCGCCUACACGGACGAGGGCUACCAGUACUACUACAACACGGUCACGGGCGAGACCUCCUGGGAGCCGCGUUGCACUCAUUUACCGGAGCGCCGCGCGCGUUGGCGCUGGGCCGCAGCCCCUCUCUCCGCCGCGGCCAUGGCGCCGAAGAAGAAGAAGGGCGGGAAGAAGCGGCGGAAGAUCGACGAGAAGGUCGCGGUGAAGCUGCAGAGCAAGCUCAAGGCCGCCUGCAUCGACACGGCGCCGGCGAAGUUCUUCAAGAAGUUCGACAAGGACAAGAGCGGCGACAUGAACGCCAAGGAGCUGUCGAAGAUGAUCCGCGUGUCGCUGAAGAUCAGCGAGAAGGAGCUCAGCGAGGCCGACGUCAAGGCGCUCAUCGACGCGCUCGACGACGACGGCUCCGGGAGCCUGUCGCUCGACGAGCUCGCGGACUUUGUGGAGCACGGCACCGCGACGUUCUACGCGGACCACGCGGCGACGGAGGCCGCCGACGCGGGGAAGCGCACGACGAAGUGGGGCGCCAAGGACGAGCCCGACGAGAUGAAGAAGCUGCGCCGCGCGACGGCCGCGAAGGAGCGGAAGAAGAAGACGCUCGACGAGGCGGAGAUGGCCCACUUCCAGAUGAAGCUCCAGGCGGCGACCUUCGGCCACUCGCCCCAGGAGCUCUUCAAGAGCUUCGACAAGAGCAGCGACGGCCUGCUCAACGCCGAGGAGCUGACGCAUCUGAUCAGGGUGGAGCUGCGGAUCCCGGGGUCGGAGCUCAGCGACGACGAGAUCGCCAUGUUCAUCAAGGCCGUCGACGACGACGGCACGGGGAACCUGUCGCUCGCGGAGCUCGGCGACUUCGUCGAGCACGGCACGAAGACCUUCUACCAGGACCACGAGCACACGGAGGCGCUCGAGGCCGCGGCCGACGCCGCGGACCCCUGUGCGGACCCGGAACACGCGCACAAGCACCACAAGUGGGGCGAGCGCGCCGAGGAGUGCGAGGCGGCCAAGGAGGACCGCAAGGCCCGGCUCGCCAAGAAGGCGCGGCCCGACUUCGACCCCGACGAGAUGAAGAAGCUCCAGGGUCGACUCCAGGCGGCGACGUACGGCGACGACCCGCUCCACAUCUUCCGGAAGUUCGACGCGACGGGCGACGGCGUACUCGACGUGCCCGAGCUCACGAAGAUGAUCCGCCUGGAGCUGAAGAUCUCCGGGUCCGAGCUCCCCGACGACCUCAUCGUCGCGUUCGUGCGCGCGAUCGACGACGACGGGAGCAUGACGCUCAGCAUCGACCUGUGCAUCGACGAGCUCGCGGACUUCGUGCAGUACGGCAUGGACACGUUCUACGCGGACCACGAGGAGACGGAGGCCAAGUCCCAGGCCGGCGGCCACAAGAAGGGCCUGGGCUGGGGCGAGCGCGCCGCGAACCCGGCGUGCAUGACCGUCGACCCCGGGCCCGGCGACGACGAGGCGAGCCACGUGUCGGGGCUGAGCCACGAGGGCUCGAGCCUCGCGACGGCGGACAACCCCCACGCGCUCGAGAAGACGGCGGCGCGGAUCCACGACGACGACGGCGGGCCCGCGGGCGCGCCCGCCGCGGCGCUGUCCGCCGACGACCUCGAGCGCGAGAUCCGGGAGACGGAGGAGCGGCUGCGGCGCCUCAAGGCGGCCAAGGCCGCGCGCGCGCGCGUGACGACGAAGCAGAUCUACCGACCGAACCCGAAGCCCGACUCGCCCCACGCGCUCUUCGUCGACGAGCUGCUGGACGACCCGCUCCUCCGGCUCGACGACUGCGGCCUCGAGCCCGCGCUCCGCGCGUUCCGCGCGUCCAUCGUCGCCGAGGCGCCGAACAACGUCGCCACGGCGACGGCGCUCCUGAAGCUGGGCAACCUGCUCCGCGACGUCGCCGAGGGCCGCGAGUACACGCUGAACAAAGCGACGGACGCGCACCGCCGCGCGCUCUCGCUCGUCGCGACGGCGCUCUCCAAGGAGCACUCCGCGACGCUCGCCAUCCGCUUCGCCCUCGCGGACACGCUCCUCCUGCUGAAGGACUCCAAGGGCGCGCGGGCCCAGUACCAGGCGGUCCUCGCGGUCCAGUCGAAGCAGUUCCCGCCGCCGAAGACCAUCGGCCGGACCAAGGAGCGGCUCGCGAAACUGGCGGAGGCGUCGCUGUUCAAAGCGGGAUCGUUCCAUCCACAAGCCCCAACACCGAAUCACCUCCUCACACGCUCACCGCCAUCACCAUGUCUGACGCCAUCGCCACCGCUCCGCUCGCCGAGACCUCGAACGCGCCCGCCCCGGGCCCGGAGACGGUCGUCGUCAAGAAGGUCAAGACGUCGACGACCGAGUCGUCGCCGACAAAAGUCGAGGCGGUGCCCGCGCCCAAGUCCGAGGAGCCCGCGGCCGAGGCCGUCGAGCCCAAGCCCAUGGACACGGACGCGCCGCCGCCCAAGGAGGUCGCCAUGGACACGGAGGCGCCGCCCGCGGAGGCGCCCAAGCCCGAGGAGCCCAAGGCCGAGGCCCCGAAGCCCGAGGAGGCCAAGCCCGAGGAGCCCGAGGCCGCGCCCGCCGCGCCGGAGAAAGCCGCCGAGGAGCCCGUCGUCGAGAAGGCCGCCGAGCCCGAGGCCGUCAAGGAGGUCGUCACGGAGGCCGUCAAGGAGGUCGCCAAGGAGGAGCCGCCCAAGGAGCCCGCGCCGCCGGCCGACGUCGAGACGCCCGUCGAGCCCGCCGCGGAGAAGGCCGCCGAGCCCGCCAAGGAGGAGCCCGUCAAGCCCGAGGAGCCCAAGGUCGCCGAGCCGGCCGCCGCCGAGCCCGCCGCGGAGAAGGCCGCCGAGCCCGUCGAGCCCGAGGAGCCCAAGGUCGCCGAGCCCGCCGCCGCCGCCGCCGAGCCCGCCAAGGAGGAGCCCGCCAAGGAGGAGCCCGCCAAGGCCGAGGGCUCGGAGGGUGGCAAGAGGCAUGGCUCGAGGGAGAGCUUGAGAAACACGAGCAUGCGGCAGUUCGCGCCGCCGCCGGACGCGGAGGACUUCUACCGCUGGCGGCGCCAGGACACGCUGGCCUCCGAGCGCGACUCCGUCGCGUCGGAGCGGCGGUCGCUCACGCAGCGGUCGCCGAGCGCGCCGCCGGCCGUCGGCGCCGCCCAACAGGAGUGCAAGGCGCCGCCCGGCGAACACGACGCGUCGGACCGCGUCGCGCGGACGGCGUGCUGGUUCACGCUGCACACGAUCGACGAGGCCUGCACGGCGACGGCGCGCGUGAGCGGCGGCGACCUCGCGAAGGUCCUCGCGCUCGAGACGCCGCGCGCGUGCGUGCGCUGGGUCGAGCUCGACCCGCGCGCGACGCUCGGCGCCGUGCGCGUCGCCUUCGCGGGCCGGAAGCUCCACGCGUUAGCCGAGGAGCUGCUCACGCGGCCGGACGGCGACGCCUACGCGUCCGUGGAGCGCGCGCCGGGCGGCUGGACGCUCUGGUCCGCGCCGCUGCCGCUGCCGCGGCCGGGGCGGCGCGUGCUCUUCGCCGCGGCCUGCAGCCGGGACCUCGUGAUCACGGCGCUGCGCGUCGAGGACGAGGACGUGCGGCCGCCGAGCCCGAUCCCGGCGCCGCGGAGCCGCCGGCGCCGCUGGGCCGCGGACGUCGCCGACGACGCGCCGGCCGACGACCUGCGCCAGCGCCUGCUCGACGACGACCCGCGGGACCGCGAGAGCUCCGCGGAUUCGGGGUCGCCGCGGCUCCGGUUCCGCGAUCCGCACGAGGCCGCGCCCUGGCGCCUCAGCGAGUCGCGCGCGGACGACGGCUUCGAGGCGUUGGUCCAGUGCGUGCGGUCGCGCCUGGCUCUCGGCGGCGACGACCGCGCGCGCAUCGCGCGGCUCGGCGGCGCCGCCGUCUGCUGCCGCUUGGUCGAGGGCGCGCUCGACGACGCGCGCGGCGCGUUCGGCGCGCUCGACGCGGCGGCGUCGCGGCUCGCGCAGGUCGUGAGCGACGACCGGAGCGGCUGGCGCCAGCGGCGCGUCCGCUUCAACUACACCGUGCGCAGCCUCCUCGACGCGGGCCAGCACCGGACGCAGAUCUCGCGGCUCCGCGACUACUACGAGCAGGUCCACGCGGCCGCGAAAGCCGCGUGCGCGGCGACCAAGGACGACGAGGAGCUGGCGCCCUGGACGCGGCGCCUCGCGCUCCUCGCGCAGGGCGACCUGCGGCGGCUCCAGCGCGCGGACGCGCUGCUCCACUCCUACGUCAUGCUCGCGCGGCUCCGCCACGAGGACGACUACAACCGCGUCAACGUUUGUUUGGCGCUCAUCGCGACGAUCUUUCUGCCCCUGACUUUUGUGACCGGCGUCUUCGGCAUGAACUUCGACUACCUGCCCAUCGAGCACCUGCCCUGGGCCUUCGCGUCGUUCUGCAUCGGCUCCUUCGCGCUGGUCCUCGUCGCCAUGUGCGGCUUCUGGUGGCGCGGCUGGCUCAACGUCGCCGCAGUCCUGCCCGACGACGACAAGCCCCACGUCCCCCGAGGUCCGAGGAUGAGGGCCGCGCUCCUCGUCGCCUCGGUCGCCGGCGCGAGCGUGCCCGGCGUUCCCGACAGCGUGGGCUACCUGUCGACGACCCAUACGAUCCCGACGCCGCUGGACAACCGGACCAACGGCACGGGCGCCGCGACGCGCUAUUCCCUCAUGCUCGAGGGCUGCUGCGGCUGGGGCGCCUACAACCUGAGCGCGCCGCAGCUGCUGCACACGGAGAUCGACCCGGAGGGGUCGGCGCUCUUCGACCUGUCCUUCACCUACGACAAGCUCUACGACUUCUUCGGCGGCGACGACGCGGGAAAGAUCUCCUGGUGGUGGGCCGAGUACACGCACGGCGUGCGGUAUUGCGUGGAGGGCGACGGGGAGAAGCUCUUCCUCGCAGCCUGCGACGACGACGACCGCGGGCCGCAGACCUUCGAGCGCAGGGGCGGGUCCCUCGCGCACCGCGCGAGCGGCACGUGCCUGCACGUCGACGGCGACAUGGUCUGCAGCGGCCAGAGGAGCAGCGGCUGCAUCUUCCUCGAGGGCCCGGCGAGCCUGCGGGCGUGCACGGGCCGCGCCGCCCAGCUCUGGGACUUCCCGCGCCGCGCGCCGGGCCUCGACGCGGCCCUCGCGGCCAUCGCCAACGGGACGCGCGCGGCGCCGUAG